AUGUUGCGCCUUUGUGCCCUUUCGGCUUUCUUGUCCCCAGCUGCUGCCUCGAUAAUUUCUCAGUUCAUUGGCGGUCGACUUACUGGCAAUGCAUUUGGCAGAGCUGGAUUGAAUGCUACCUAUGACUAUGUUAUUGUUGGUGGCGGAACGGCAGGGAAUGUCAUCGCGGCUCGUUUGACUGAGCAUAGUAACGCCUCGGUUGCUUUGGUCGAGGCUGGAAGCUUCUACGAGCUCAGCAAUGGCAACUGGAGUCAGUUGCCUUACUGGUCUCAGCAGUGGGAGGGCGCGGCCUUAGACGAUUGGCAACCCCUUGUAGAUUGGGGUUACGAGACCCAACCACAGGCUGGUGGCCAAGCUAUCCACUAUGCUCAGGGUCGGACUCUGGGUGGAAGCAGUUCCCGUAACCAGAUGAUGUACAACAGACCAACAAAGGGUGCUUUACAACGAUGGGCUGAAACUGUGGGCGACGAUGCUUAUACGUGGGAUAAUAUGAUACCGUUCCUUGAGCGAAGCAUGAAGUUCUCGAGCAAUGCUGAACACCGACCUGCGAACGCAACCCCUCUAUACAAUACAUCCGUGUUCUCGCCAACCGGUGGCCCAUUACACAUCAGUUACCCUGGCUAUGUCUAUCCUAUCUCAUACUAUGGCGCUACGGCAUUCUCUGCGAUUGGACUGGAUGAGAUUCCAGGAUUUACCACUGGUUACAUGCAUGGCUACGCGUAUUGGCAAUAUGCGAUUGACCCAAACACUGGACUUCGCAGUUCAUCUGAGGCUUCCUUCCUAGCUGAAGCACUGGGUAGGCCAGGACUGACGGUAUACAUCAACUCCAUGGGUCGAAACAUUGUCUUCGAUGGUAAAAAGGCUGUCGGGGUCAACAUUACCAACUAUGGCCAGCAGCCCUUCACACUUACUGCUAGCAAGGAAGUCAUCGUCUCUUCUGGGUUUUACAACUCCCCUCAGCUUCUGAUGGUCUCCGGUAUCGGUCCUAAAGAGACUCUGGAAAAAUUCGACAUCCCCGUUGUCGUAGACGCGCCCGGCGUCGGCCAAGGCACCAGAGACUCUGCUGCGAUCAACGGGCCGAUCUAUAAGAUUGAUGCGAUUUCCUAUACAGCCUGGAAAGAGCCUAACAUGAUGGCACAAGCUGUCGAAGAAUUCUACAAUAACCAAAGUGGACCACUCACUAACAUUGGUCUUGACAUUGGAGCCUAUGAGAAGCUGCCGGCGUCAUCCAGGGCCAACCUCAGCCCACAAGCUAUCAAGGAUCUAGAUGAGUUUCCAUCAGACUGGCCAGAGGUAGAGUACAUGCUUGAAGGAGUUGAAGCUCUAGCGUUCAACAAUGUUGCCCUCAACCUCUCUGAUGGGAACUAUGCAACUAUUAGCUGCAUGAUGGGUGCGACAACCAGCCUUGGUAAUAUGACUAUUAGCUCUGCGAGCAACCUGGAUGCGCCUAUCAUCGAUCCCAACUGGCUUCGUAGCAGCACGGAUAAAGAAGUCGCUGUACAGGCAUUCAGACGGGCUCGCGAGGCUUUCAAGGCAAUCCCAAUCCUAGUCGACCAAGAAGUCUGGCCCGGGCCCAAUGUCACCAGCGACGCCGACCUGUUGAAGACUAUUGAGGAGAACCUUGUACCGACCCACCACGGCUCGGCAUCUUGCAAAAUGGGCAAGAAGGGCGACCCGGACGCCGUGGUCGACUCGAAGGGCCGGGUAUUUGGUGUAGAGAAUCUACGGGUUAUCGAUUCUUCCAGCAUGCCAUUCACACCGCCGGGCCACACAAUGGGAAUCACAUACGCCCAUGCCGAGAAACUGACCCAAGAUGUACUGGACGCAUACUUUGAGAGUUCAUAA